AUGGCCGCUUCAAAGGGCCUUCCGCGCGACACGUUCGCAAAGCUCUCCCCCCACCCCUUUCUUCUCGCAAACCUUCAGCCUCCUGCACCCGCCAACGCCGCGAGAAGCAACGGCCGCGCGCCCAACGAAGCCCGCAUUCCCAACAUCAACACCUCUAGUUUGACCCAUGCCAACGGCAGCGCCGUAGUCCGUACCGGCGACACCACCGUCAUCUGUGGCGUGCGCGCCGAGACCAUCCUCGCCUCCGACAUCCCCAACUUCCGUACCGCCGCCAACACCGACGAGGCCAAAUCCAGCUCCGAGCUGAAAGACUACGACCUGCUCGUCCCUAAUAUCGAGCUCGCCACCGGCUGCGCGCCGCAGUUCCUCCCAGGCGUGCCCCCCACAACCCUCGCCCAGACUAUGAGCACGAGAGUGUACUCGCUGUUGCACUCUUCCAGACUCGUCGAUCCCGAGGAUCUGAGAAUAUGGUACACUCGUCCUGCAGAGGAUGCUGAAGCCGAGGAUGAUGACGACAAGAUGGACGACGGCGAGGAGAAGACCGAGGGCGAGAGGGUUAUCAUGGCAUACUGGGUCCUUUACAUAGAUAUCUUCUUCGUCUCCUUCGACGGCAACCCGUUCGACGUCGCCUGGGCCGCUAUCCUUGCUGCUCUGCGAGAUACAACCAUCCCCAUCGCCCGCUGGGACCCCGAUCGCGAGAUGAUCAUCUGCUCACGCGACGAUCCCAAGCCCUUGACGCUGCACGGCUUCCCUGUCGCCUGCACGGCCGGCGUCUUCACAGGAAAGGAGACGGCGGAUCGUCCCGCCGGUGGCAAGUUCUGGACAUUGGUCGACCCUGACAGGUUGGAGGAGAGUCUCUGCGAGGAAGAGGUCACGGCGGUGGUAGACAGAAGCGAGGGAGAGACCAAGGUGCUGUCGAUAUCGAAGCACGGAGGCACGGUGCUGCAGCCGCCACUCAUUCGGGAGUUCGUUGGCGUCGCAGAGCAGAGAUGGGAGCAGUUUAGGAACGCCAUGGCAUGA